AUGCGAGCAGUCACCCGCAACGCGUCUCGGACAUUGGUCCGACCUCUGAAAAACACGCUCGGAGCACGCUGUCUGGCCACGCAGAGCAACGCCAGUUCCGGUCUGUCGCUUCCUACUGCACCUUCGACGCGGUAUACGGCGGUCUCGCACCCCGAAAACGCGUCGUCCGUCACUCCCAAGGUUCAGGCGCUCCUCGACCGCUCCGACGCGUACAUCCUACCCGUGUACGCCCGGCCGCCCAUCGUGCUCCAGCGUGGAAAGGGCUCCUACGUGUGGGACGUGGAGGGGCGCGAAUACCUCGACUUCAGCGCCGGAAUCGCUGUGAACGCGCUUGGUCAUGCGGACGAGGGUGUGAUCGAGACCAUGAGAACCGCGGCGUCAAAUCUUCUGCAUACGAGCAACGUCUACCACAACGAGCACGCCAGCAAGCUCGCGGAACUCCUCAUCACGCUGACCCAAGCCGAAGGUGGUCUUGGGUGGACGCCCGGGAGCUCCCAAUCCUGGUCUAGCGGCUCGAGUGGCGCGAAGGUGUUCUUCGCGAACACGGGCACGGAGGCCAACGAGGGUGCACUCAAGAUAGCACGUAAAGUUGGGAAGGCACGCUGGGCGGAGAAGACGGGCAUGUCGUGGGACGACGCUUCGUGCGACAAGCACGAGAUCGUCUGCUUCGAACGGUCGUUCCAUGGGCGAUCCAUGGGUGCGCUCAGCGUCACGUCGAACCCGAAGUACCAGAAGCCGUUCAUGCCGUUGAUCCCGGGAGUCAAAGUCGGCCGACUGAACGAGCAGGAGGCACUGAAGACGCUCGUUGACGACAAGACGUGUGCAGUCAUCGUCGAGCCGAUCCAGGGCGAAGGCGGGAUUAACGCGGCCGACGUGGAAUGGCUUUGCGCACUGCGUAAACGAUGCGACGAGGUCGGCGCGGUAUUGAUUUAUGAUGAGAUCCAGUGCGGACUUUAUCGGACUGGCUACAUCUGGGCACACUCCACAUUUCCCGCCGACGCCCAACCGGACAUGGUGACCACAGCUAAGCCACUGGCCAAUGGCUACCCAAUUGGUGCCGUACUCAUGAGGGAUAGUGUGGCGGAGGUGAUGACCGCGGGCACGCACGGAACGACGUUCGGCGGCUCGCCACUGGCCUGUGCUUUGGGCUUCCACGUCCUCUCGCGCCUGUCGGACAAGGCGUUUGUGGCGAACGUCCGGGACACCGGGGGGUACCUGCAGGAGCGCCUUGGCCUGCUGACGCACUGGUUCCCGAACAUCCUGGAGAACAAAGUUCGGGGGCGGGGGCUAAUUCUCGGCCUGGGGUUCAAGAACGCUAGCCAUCCCGGGCGUGUGGUGGAGAUGGCCCGGGAGCGGGGGGUGUUGCUGCUGACGGCGGGAGCGGAUGCGGUGAGGCUGGUGCCGAGCCUGAACAUCGGGGCGGGAGAAGUUGGGCAUGCAAUGGAGGUGGUGGAAAGCGUGCUGCAUGUACUGAAUGAGGAGUAG